CUCUUACUUUACCUACCUUACUUUGCUUCACCAUUCCAACAAAUCUAUUUCAUUUCAUCAUCAUCACUUUCUUCCACCUCCGUUCCAGUCAUCACUCUCCCAUUCAACCAACACCAUCCAGGUAGCUCGAUUCUUAUCACUGAUCUAUCCUUUCUCAUCACUAGCGUGCCCGCUCCCUUAUCUCUAGGGGCAUGUUUGGCAUCUCAAGUGAUUUCAUCGUCUAGGGAAUCUUAAAAGCAUCAUGUCGACCUCUGCGUCCCAGGCUACUUCCAUAAACCCGAAUACCUUAAUUACGGUGAAGGUGCUUUACAAUGACAAUACUCGUCGCUUCAAAAUCCCUUUGAAAGAGCUUGAAGCUCGUGUUCUCCCCCAAAAGCUCCGCCAGCUUCUUGGCAUCCCGAGAGAUGUCAACGUCAUUCUUGAACGCUUGUCUGAUAGCGCUGGUUGUUAUAUCCACCUGGACAGCGAAAACAAUUCUGUCUACAAACAACUCUACCGUGCUGCAAAGGCCAAAUUAAAACUGCGAAUUAAGGUUACAGAGGUUGACAAUACUACCUCUCAAUCACCACUGCCCGCAGAAAAUUCCACUGAGCACCAGGAUCAGGUGAGAUACAGCUACCUUCAAACAGUAUUAAGCUCUCCGCUCCCUGAAGGCUCAGCUGAAGCUGUUUCCGAAUCGCCACGUGAUGCUGCGAAGCCCACCCUAACUGAGCCCAAGACCAUGCAAUGGUCUAAUACGGGUGGCGUAGCUCCCGAGCCGCAAUACCAAGACUUCAAUUUGGGCCAGGAUAAUCUCAGCACCCCUGUGGUCUCACAUAAAUCUCCCAUGGGUGUUUUUUGCAUUGACUGCAAUCAUUGCGGUUUAUCUAUUCCCAAUGAACACUACCACUGCAGUAUCUGCGAUGAUGGUGAUUAUGACCUAUGUCUCCAUUGUGUAGACUCGGGAGUUACCUGUCCAAAUGAGGACCACUGGUUAAUUAGACGCAUUGUUAAAGAUGGCAUUGUCACCAACAGCACCACAGAGACAGUUGCUCCUCGAAAGCUCCAGACAAACGUUCCCGAGGAAGGCCCCGAAGAGGUCGAAAAGAAAUCAGAGCUUGUCCCAGAAUCCGUUUCUGAAGACACCCCAAAAACUUCACCAGUUCCUGUUGAAGAUGCUGUUCACUCGGAAGCCCGUAUUUGCAAUGCUUGCCUCAAGGAAUUUAACGAAACUAAAAUGGUCACUUGCCUUCAGUGCAAGGACUAUGAUCUUUGUAUCACGUGCCUUCUGAAGGAUUCCCAUGGUCAUCACCCAGCUCACAACUUUUCUCUUCUUCAUGACGGGCCCUUCUGUUUAAAGAAUUUGGUUUUGUCACGCUGCAAACCUGGGCGUCGUUAUCAACAUGCCGCCAUCUGUGACGGCUGCGAGAAGAAUGUCGUCGGUGUGCGCCACAAGUGCCUCACCUGCCCUGAUUGGGAUUAUUGCUCUGAGUGUUUUUCAAAUGCACCGGAGACUCAUCCUGGUCAUCGAUUUGCUCCACUUUAUGAGGCCAUAUCUGAGCCGUCUCAGGCUCAUGAGGUCCACUAUGGUAUCUUCUGCGAUGGCCCUCUUUGCAAGAACAAGGCAGUCCCUGGAUAUAUUACUGGGAUCCGUUACAAGUGCUCCGUGUGCUAUGAUCUCGACUUCUGCGCCAGUUGCGAGGCGCUUCCGACAAAUACGCAUAACCGAACUCACCCAAUGGUCAUGCUCAAGACUCCUGUUCGCAAUGUUACUGUCAGUACACUCCAGGAGGAUAGAUUCGGGGGAUCUACAGUCGCCCUCGGUGAUCGUGCUCAAAGAUCCCUAUCGACCCAAGCCGUCAAUUCGGUGGAACCCGAGGCCUCUAUCCCCGAUGUGCCCGUUAAAGAAGAGUCGGGUUUAUCACAAGACAGCGAGUUCGUGAAGCAGGAACGUACACUUUCAAGAGAGCAGCCAAUCAAAGCUGAGAAGUCCACUAAUGCAGCUUCCGGAUACGACGCUCUAUUUGUGCGUGAUACGGUACCUGACAACACCAUUAUAUCGCCAAACAAGGUGUUCCGUCAGAACUGGACUCUCUAUAACCCCGGCCCACUUGCGUGGCCUGCUGGAAGUGACGUACGCUUUGUUGGUGGUGACUCAAUGUUCAAUGUCGAUACCAACCACCCCUUGAGCCUAGAGUCUAUCUCUGCUGCUAUGGAAAGCAACAAGUUGUCAGAGCCCCUGGAGUCCGGCCAGAGCGCCGACUUCACUGUAACACUUAAAGCUCCCAGUCGAGUAGGCACUGCCAUCUCGUACUGGCGACUGAAGCUCCCAAAUGGCAUGCCUUUCGGCCAUAGACUGUGGUGUGAAAUCCAAGUACGGGAAGAUGCACCUUCUAUUAAGAGCACGUCUAGCUUAGAGCCGGAGGGAGAUCAUGGCUCGGAAAGCACAGAAAGUCAAAUGAUUUUCCCUAAAUUGGAGAAGGAGUCUCCUGACGCAAGUACCCAUGAAGGGGGCAUUGUAGCAGCAGUGGCACCCUCCGUGUCCAACCCGUCCGAGCAAGAUGUUCUGGAAGAUGUGGAAAGUUUGUCUUUGGGUGAUCAUGAAACGGAGCACGGGUUCUUAACUGAUGAGGAGUAUGACAUUCUGGAUGCCAGUGACCAGGAAUAUAUGGAUGCCAAAUCGCGUGAGUGAUUCUUUUGGGCCUUGUUAUUGGGUGCUACCAGGAAGGUCAUGCACUGAUCGCGACGGAUUUUGUCAUAUGGAAAGGAGGAGUUGGUCAGGUAAGGACGAAAACAAUUUGCAGUGUGUUUGGCGAAAAGCAAAUCUGGAAGCCAGUUUGGAAUUUGUUAACUGUUAUUCAUUGUCUAAUUUGAGUCCGCGUGCGGCCAUUUCAAGGGAUAAUAAUACUGGAUCUCCUCAUCUAAGCUGUUUUAAAACUGCCUAACAUCGAGGUUGGAAUGACGAACAGAAAAAAUGGACUAUGUUUUCUCGGUAGACAACCGUGCCCGUAUUGUCGAGUGUACUCCGUAGACCAUCGUGACGAUCUUAUCUUUUUUUUUUUUUUUU